GAUGUAAUAUUAGUGCAGCUGGAUUUUAUCAAAGGCCACUGUCCUGGACACAAUCAUCCCCAGGCGGCCAUGACACCAUUUGUCCAGAAGCAGAAAGGAUCAUCAUUGAAGAUAGCAUUGGAGCGAUGAUGGCCUGGUUGCAGUUCUUGUGCAGUCGUGAUGUGGUGGUGAAUGUGACCCGGUUGGAUGACAAGAACGUCUCUGCCAAAGAUGUUGCCAUCCGACCACCCAACUUGCAAAUAGAAGUCACCGUGCAAGGAAGCUCGGAUUUUAUAUCGGUGCCAUAUUCUCUUGAUACUCACGGAGUGCGGUUUUCAGUCGAAUUUGCGGAUGAUAUCUGGGAAUAUCGGAAUGCCGGCCCAGGAGUCAAUUCCCACUACGUGCAGAACGUGAAUCCAUACGGCGACUACUAUGUUCCCAGCUACAAUGUGUUGAUGCCGACGGUCGGACGAGAGCCGCCGAGCGCGCUUUUGAUAUUUGCCAGUCUCUUCCCGCCAUGGGAUAUGGUUCCAUCUAAGCACGACGAUCUAUAUGAAGUUUCACCGGGCUAUGUCAGUGGCCUGAACGCAAUUAAUAAGUCCGCGAUUGCUUUUAAUGCUGGGGUCUAUUACUUUACCGGCAAUGUACACGCCAUUUUGAGCCCUUCCGUAAAAUGGGUGUACCUGGCUCUCGGAGCGUACGUCAAGGGAGCUGUACAAUAUAUGAACAGCGACUCACCUUUAAAGGCAGGCGGGUUUGGUGUUCUAUCUGGCGAACAAUUCUUUUACCAGGCCAACGUCCCUUAAGUUGUGGAGAGGGCAUCACGGCGGGACAAUCCUGGACCAUCCAUGGUGUCACCACCAACGCGCAACCGUUCAAUGUCAUGGAGUUCUACGGUGAUCUUGAAAACUUCACCGUAGAUGUGGCCGAUUAAAAGUAGGUGGGUGCCUCCUACACGCAGACAGAUGGUUUGCAGAUAUAUCCAACAGCCACGUCCGCGACGUGUUCUACCACUGGGGAUGACACCAUCAAGUUCUACUAUUCGAAUGUCCGCGCCGAGUUAGUCGUGGUGUGGGAAAUGAACAACGCCCCGAUUAUCCAGCUGGGUUGGUAUUCACGUAAU